AUGGCCUCGGAGCUGGCCAUGAGCGGCGAGCUGCCCACCAGCCCGCUGGCCAUCGAGUACGUCAACGACUUCGACCUGAUGAAGUUCGAGGUGAAGAAGGAGCCGCCCGAGGCCGAGCGCUUCUGCCACCGCCUGCCCGCGGGCUCGCUCUCCUCCACCCCGCUCAGCACCCCCUGCUCCUCGGUGCCUUCCUCGCCCAGCUUCUGCGCGCCCAGCCCCGGCGGGCAGCCGGGCCCCGGCGCCGCCCCGCACCCGGGCAGCGCCGGCAAGGCGCCGCUGGAGGAUCUCUACUGGAUGUCGGGCUACCAGCACCCGCUCAACCCGGAGGCGCUGAACCUCACCCCGGAGGACGCGGUGGAGGCGCUGAUCGGCAACCCGCACCCGCUGCACGGCUACGAGGGCUUCCGCGGCCAGGGCUUCCCCGGCGAGGAGGCGGCCCCGGCCGGGCACCACCACCACCACCACCCGCACCACCACCACCACCACGUGGCGCACCCGCACGCGGCGCACCCGCACCACCACCUGCGGCUGGAGGAGCGCUUCUCGGACGAGCAGCUGGUCAGCAUGUCGGUGCGGGAGCUGAACCGCCAGCUGCGGGGCUUCAGCAAGGAGGAGGUGAUCCGCCUCAAGCAGAAGCGGCGCACGCUGAAGAACCGGGGCUACGCCCAGUCCUGCCGCUACAAGCGGGUCCAGCAGCGGCACAUCUUGGAGAACGAGAAGUGCCAGCUGCAGGGCCAGGUGGAGCAGCUCAAGCAGGAGGUCUCCCGGCUGGCCAAGGAGCGGGACCUGUACAAAGAGAAGUACGAGAAGCUGGCCGGCCGCGGCUUCCCCCGGGAGCCCCCCCCCCAGGCUGCCCCCAAAGCCUCGGCCGAGUUCUUCAUGUGA